CAGGGACUUACACUUACACUUGCAUUCCCCGAGGUCAAUUGAUGUAAAACUUCAAAAUGCGGUGCGUUCCACUCUUUGGCACUGGCAGAAAAGGCGACUUUUCAUACUACAGUAAUUUAUAUACACUUUGCUCGCGCCUGUGACUCGUGGCUAGCCAUCCUUUUGCGAUUUUCAUCUUGACGGAGACCAAACUCACGCAUUCUUGCAAUUGAACCAGCGAUAUCAAACUCAUUCGCACAAUAUGGCUUCGAGCGGGGUAGAUAGACGGCAUACCGCCAGCGCGAUGGGAUUGCCGGGCUACAACAAGGGGACGUCAAUACAUGAGGAAGCCAGAAUCGACUCUGAGUCCAAUUCAGGUCAAGUGGCGGCUGAUUCUACUCAUAGACAGCUUCGACCCAGACACAUUCAGCUUAUUGGCAUUGGUGGAACUAUUGGUACAGCGAUUUUUGUUCAAAUUGGGCGUGGAUUGCUCAAUGGAGGACCCGGAAGCCUGUUUUUGGCUUUUUUAAUAUGGUGUACCUUCAUUCUUGCCAUGACGAAGGUACGUAGUCUAUCUAGGCGCCCAAUCCUCCGGAAAAUACUGACUUUCAAUUCCAGUGUGCUGCUGAAAUGGUUACCUAUAAUCCGAUCUCGUCACCAUUCAUCCGAUUUGCUGGAAGAUAUGUUGAUGAAGCUUUCGGAGUGGCAGCUGGAUACAAUUUUUUCAUAUUUCAGGCUGCUCUUGUUCCUUGGGAAAUAGUGGCUUGUAAUCUCAUCAUUCAUUAUUGGAGCGACGCGGUGCCCACGGGAGCGGUAAUUGCGAUUGUCAUUACAUCUUAGUAAGUUAUUUCUUCAGCGUUUUUACCAAUCUUCUGUGUAAGCCUCUUAUUUUCUGAGAGACACGGGCACCAAUGCAACUACUCUUUCAACUCUGGGUCAUCUCUCGGAUUAAAUAAAGGGUGCUCAUAGAGUAAAGACUCAAACCUUUACGUGUUUGCUAAGAAGUUCAUAUCUAACAUCUAUUAGUGGGUAAGUAAUAUGCAGAAAAGUCUCUCAAGGAAGAUGACUGAUUUAUCCUGUGUAGGAUAAUCAAUGUUUUUGCUGUUAAAUGGUAUGGGGAGUCGGAAUUUGUGAGUAAUACAUUUCCCAAAUGAGGCAGACAUCAACCAACACCAAAAAAGUGGCUUGCUAUAGGAAAGAUGAUUCUUAUCAUCGGACUUCUUAGUUUCACCUUCGUUGUCAUGGUCGGCGGAAACCCAAUGGGUGACAGAUUCGGAUUCCGCUAUUGGAACAAUCCCGGGGCUUUCGCCGAGCUCUAUUCAACGGGCAGCCUUGGGAGAUUUCAAGGAUUUCUCCAAUGUCUAAUCACAGCUGCUUUCAUAGUUGCUGGGGCGGACUAUGUUUCAAUGGCUUCAGGAGAAGCCGAGAAUCCACGUGUUGUCAUGCCUCGAGCUUUCAAUGCCGUCUUUUACCGCCUCACAACUUUCUUCGUUCUUGGAAGUCUGGCAGUAGGAAUCCUUGUUCCCUAUGAUAGCGAAGAACUCGCGAAUGCUUUCGAGAAAGGACUUUCAGGUGCCGCUGCAAGUCCGUAUGUAAUUGCCAUGAAUCGUCUGAACAUUCGUGUCCUACCUGACAUUGUUAAUGCAAUGAUUCUCACAUCGGCAUACUCAGCAGGAAAUAGUUAUGUUUACUGUGCCUCCCGCUCUCUUUUUGGUCUAGCUCUCGAAGGGAAAGCCCCCAAGAUCUUUAGGAAAUGUACGAAAAAUGGGUAUGUAAAUAUUCUCUUACUAAUAAUAUGCGUGUAUUUCCGUCAGUAGCCGUCAAGAUGACCUUUCUUCCUUGCACUCUCCCCUCAAAUGGUCAUCGAACUAGAACAAAAUACUAAUUUGUUGCAGUGUCCCGAUCUACUGCGUAGCAUUCACACUAGCUAUAUCGUUGGUAUCUUUUUUGCAGGUUUCCAACAACACAGCUGUGGUAUUGAACUGGUUCGUAAGUUUAGUCACUGCCUCACAGUUGAUCAAUUUCUGUGUUAUAUCCUUCACAUUUCUGAAAUGGAAGGAGGCCUGUGAUGUACAGGGCCUUGACCGAAAUUCUCUGCCACACACCUCAUCCUGGCAGCCUUUCACUGCAUAUUAUGCACUCACAGGGUGUUUUACAAUGAUUUUUCUCAGUGGUUAUACCGUAUUUUUACCAGGAAAUUGGGAUGUUCCCAACUUUAUCUUCUCCUACGCCAUGAUCGGCGUUUUUCCUGUCAUCUUCUUCGGAUGGAAAUUUAUUAAGAAGACGAAGUGGUUGAAGCCUGAAGAAGUCAUUUUGAGGACCUCCGAAGUAGAUGAUAUUGAGGAAUAUACUAGAAAUUAUGUUGAGAGAACCCCGAAGACUAGAUGGCAUGGUUAUGUUGAUAGAGUAUUUAGCUAGAGCUUCGGGUCGGUGGUUGUCAGAUACACAUUUUUUAGUUUUGGUCAGCAUGUCGCGGCAGACCAGGAAAUUAGCAUAUAGCGUCAUUGUUUCCGCCCUCUAGAAUAAGUCAUGGUUAUAUGAGGGAUUUAGACCAAUUCAAAC